AUGGCAGAGCUAGAGUAUCAACGUAAAGCAUGCCAUAACAGCACAAGUAAUGGAGUCUUGAAGCUCUUUGGUUUUAACGUAACAGAAGAAGAAGAGGUAGAAUCCACCAAAAGAAGAUCAGGGUCACAGGAGUCCGGUGUUUUCCCGACCUCAGACGGCCGGAAAUACGAGUGCCAGUACUGCUGCCGGGAGUUUGCUAAUUCACAGGCCUUAGGUGGCCAUCAAAACGCCCACAAGAAAGAGAGGCAACAAUUGAAGCGUGCACAAAUGCAAGCAAACAGAAACGCCACCGUGUCUUAUAUGAGAAACCCUAUAGUCUCCGCCUUUGCUCCGCCGCAUCAUCUACUUUCUCCGUCGGGUCCGGUGGUUCUUCCUGCUGCCGUGCAGCCUUCUCCGUCGUGGGUUUAUGUUCCACGCGCCGCACCUCCCUUCCAUGUGUCGCAUGGGUGCGUGUUUCCUGCUAAUACAACUGGGAGGGGUGUAGGGAACUCAUCGUAUGCCAGCAGUGCAGGGGAGUCCAGCUUGACAAGUGUUGCGGGUCAACCCGUCAAAGCCCGUAGAGGGAAGCUAGAUGGGCCUUCAUUGAGUCGAUUCUCUAGACCGGAUGAUGGGCCUAAUUUUGAUGAUACAUUCGGGCUUGACUUGCAUCUCAGCCUAGCGCCAGCCGAGCCAUAA